UUGCCAUAUUGUGUCAUACAUUGCGUCACAGCAGGUGAUUGCUCAUUUAUUAGACCCAAACCAACUUCAUUUUUUGGAAUAACUAAUUGCUUUACAAAACAGCACAACUGGCUGAGGGCGAUCUGCUCGUUCCUAACAAAGCUCAGUUUCGUGCUUUCGAUAAUUGGUGCAAUGUGUGCUUGGAUAGCGUACAAUCCAAACAUCAACUACCUUGGUAUCGCUUGUAUGACGUUCAACAUUUUGAAUUUUGGAGCACCACUGGCUGGAUUGGGAGUAGUUCUGCGAAAACGCUGCUGUGAUUCGUUACCGUUGCCGAUGUGUGUCACAAAUUUACUGGUCUCAUCACAAUGGUUCCUGUAUGGAAACAUCGUUCAGGACAAAUAUAUUAUGGCACCCAACGGUAUCGGAAUGGCCUUGGCUGUGUUCCAACUCAGCCUGUUUUUGAUUUUCCCACGAAAAGAAAACGGAAAGUCAAUGGUUUCUCAGGUGGCUGAUUUCUUUACUUCAGUACCUGCAGAGACUGAAGUUGAUCAUGAAAAAGGUAGGUCUGGAGAAUCAACUGGAAUUAGUUUUUUUCAAAAGAAUACUUCCAGUUUCGGUGCUGUUAUCGCUGAAUUGCAACAAGCACGUCCGCGAACCACCAGCGAACCAGAAAUUUCAAAGUUCAAAAAAGUCUGA